AUGGAUUCUAUAAGCUUGAGCGACUGGUUAUCGGUGACCUCAGCUGGCGACACCAGCUUUGGUCACUACAAGUAUGAGCCAAGCCACUCACCCACACACGAGAUGUGCCUUUGGAACUUUUCUCGCGUAUUUUCAGCGUUGGGUUGGGAAGUGUCCGCCCACCUGAUGACCUACGCGGAAUGGUUAAAGCUCGUCAGAGACUCCUGGUCAAGCUCAGAACCUUUUUCAGAGGCUGAUCGAACGACUUUCGUCUUCGAAAUUGACCCAGAAAUGAGUGUUUCAUGUGCCCUGGCGCUCUGGGUCAGUGUUCAUGCUGCGGCCGAGAUAGCGCCUGGCAAUGUCACACGGAUGCUGACAGUAUCGUACACCGACGUCGAUCAGGCUUUUGUGAGACUUGUCGAGCACUAUGGGUACGAAUCGCCACGGCUUUUCACUCAUAUCAAUAGGACCGUGUCUGAUACCGAGCCUGAAGAUGUGCGAACCAUCUACUGUGCGUCCAAGUCUGAGCUCAACAGAAAAGCGAUCGAGAGAAUUGAAAGCUUACAAGGAAAGCAAAUUGUCGUCGACAUCGCACCUUGUUACCUCGCGAAGAUCCUGGAUCUGGACGAUUCAUGGAAACACAUUUCUGUUGACUCGGACGAUAUAGAAAUGAUCUGGAAAGUCUUUUAUGGAACGUUCGAGGAGAACAUUGUCCUCCGUGUGCUUCCUGGCUUUUGUUCUCCAUUUCCUCUUCAUGGAUAUGAUCACGUCCAUGUCAUCGCUGAGUCAAAUCCUACGACCCUUGAGACUGACAUGGCAACUAAUCAACUGACGUUCUCCACGAGACAGUGGAGUAUCCAAGAACGACAACAAGUCAGGACGCAUCUCCGCCGCUUUGGCACCAAGCCUUCAACGACUGCAUUUUAUGUAGAUCGACCAAAGAGAGAAGAUGCCAACCUUGAAUGGUGGGAUGACGGGCCUGCCCUUCGCCGACAGAUCGUUUGGAGUCUCAACUUGGGAGCUUUCAUAGCCGCCGUCACCUCGCUUGGUUCCAAAGUCGAUGCGGCUGCUGUGGUUCAAUGUUUUGUUCCCGAAGGCAUCAUCAACCUUGAGCAAGAUGGCCAUCUGACCAUGAACCUCGAGGGUCGGGAGUUGACAGCCUUUGCUGCUGUCCUCCCAUGGGUGAGCUACGACUACCGCCUGGCAUACCUCAUCGCGCAAGAGUCCGAGACUGAGGACGACGAGGUUCUUCAGGUCAAGAUCCAAUUAGCCGCAGUGAUAAGCGUUGGAGGUCUCUCACUCUUCGACUUCGAUAAGAGUCUAGACGAUCCAGAGCCAGCCGACACUCUGGAAGCAGUGAUCGAGGCGUGCACCGGGAACAGUGCCUCUUUAGGAGACGAGGGAAACAUGUGGCUUGCGCUUGGUCUGUGGAACCGAGUUGGCAAAGAUUCCGUGAACUUCUCUCAGGUUCCUGAUUCUGAUUCGGUGCCGAUCUCAGGCAUUUCAGUGCGUGCGAACUGGUCUAGCUGUGUCCAGGUGCAUGAGCUCUGGAAAGGUAUUUCCUCAGCCCUUGCAGCAAACGGUAUUCACACGGUCCGAAGGGAACUUACAACUGAGACUCAAGCGCUCUCGCGUAACGGCUGCAGGGCAAUAGGCACUCACUUGUUCAAGGCGUAUCUAUCCCAGCUAGUUAUGCGUGGGCCAUGGCCAGAUGAAGUCGAAUUUUUGGAUGUAUCGACACGACGUACGAUAACUGGUUUUGUGAGCAAAGCUGGAAUGACGCUUGACUCCGAGAGUAUCCAGCCAAGCUAUGUGCCUGUCUUCGGCAUUUACCAUCACCUCAUUCGACUUGACGGUAAGGUCUGUUUCAAGGACUGGACAAGAGUCUGUCCGCGGAUUGUGGAUGACUGGAUCCUAAACAACCGAGACAGGUCGGGAGAAUAUGAGAGUGUCAUUGAGACAUAUGACAAGGAUGAGACCCUGCCUAGACCGGACUAUGACGAGUACAACUAG